AACGUGUGAAACUGCCGAAAUAGCGAAUCAUUUUUCCGAGACCGCUGUUAUUUACGCGAUUUCCAGUUGUUUAAUCAUCGAAGCAGUGCUUCUGCUGGUAAAAUGUCCAACGCAAACGUUACAAACUAUUUGGCUGAACAGAAGAAAUCCUCCGAUAAAGAGCUAGCCGACGAAUGGACCCAAAUCGAGGAACUGUACAAUGAGAAGCUGUGGAAUGAACUGACCAUAAAACUGGACACCUUCGUCAAGCAUUCAGCCUUACAGAAUGAGGAAGCAUUGCUUGCCUUGUAUCACAACUUCAUCGCAUCGUUUGAAACAAAAAUUAACCCCUAUGGUUUGGUGGAAAUUUUGACCGUCGUGAUUUCGUUCAUUUCGGACAAGAAGGAAGCGAUAGCUUUUCUGGAGAAGCUGAAGGAUAAGGUGAAAGUCUGCGAUCAGGCCGUAUGGAUGUGCAAAGUGCUGCAGGGACAGAUCCAUCUCGAGCAUCUGAACCAGCUCGAUGAGACCAAGAAAAUCAUUGAAGAUCUGAAAGACAUUCUCGAGGAGGCGGGCAACGUCACACCGGUUCACGGCAAAUACUACAUGCUAGCGGCCAAUUACUAUCGGUUGGUAGGACAGCACAGCGACUACUACCGUUGUGGUUUGCAGUUCCUAGGAUGUUCCAUCGAUACCUAUCCCAAAGACCAGUGGGCCCAGCAGGCCUUCUGUCUCGGUCUAGCCGCGCUACUCGGCGAAGGGAUCUACAAUAUCGGAGAACUGCUGGCUCACCCAAUUUUGGAAUCGCUCAAUGGUACCGACAACGAGUGGCUGGUGGAGCUACUGCGUGCCUUCAACUCCGGCGACAUCGUCAAGUUCGAGCAGAUGAAACCGAAGUGGAGCGCAAUCGCCGACCUGGCCGCACAGGAGGUGAAACUGCGGCAGAAGAUAUCGCUCCUCUGUCUGAUGGAGAUGACGUUCAAGCGACCGGCCAACAAGCGCACCAUCACGUUCGACGAAAUUGCCCGCGAAGCGAAACUGCCCAUCAAGGAGGUGGAAAUACUGAUCAUGAAGGCGCUGGCGCAGGGACUGGUAAAGGGCGCAAUCGAUGAGGUGGCCGGUGUCGUAAACAUGACCUGGGUGCAGCCCCGCGUGCUCGAUCGCAAACAGGUGGCCGGUAUGGCUUCGACCCUCGACACCUGGAUGGCGUCCAUCACGUCCAUGGAGAAGCUGAUCGAAAGUCGGGCGAGUGAAAUCCUGACGAACUAAGGUCGUAGAAUAAAAAUCGUUCAGCACGAAGCAAAACAACAAACACAAAAAAACUCGUAACACAGAGAGCGAAAGAAUGAACAGCGUGCGUGGAGAUAGCUUUUUCAAUUUGGUUCAUAAAGUUUAUACUUAAAUAAAUCAAUAAGACUAUAUUUCAUUAAAACGUAAAACAAUA